UGUUUAUGAUAAUGAAUCCGUCCUUAAUCAGCCUUCUGAAGAACACUAUAAUCAUAUUGGUUAGGAUUUAGGAAAACCUCCUAUCUUAUGACUAGCUGGUAAAUUCAUGGAAGCCUCCUUUCAAGUCUACCACGAGGCCCAUGAAAUGGUGUUGGUCUAAAAUGGACUGGUGCCCUAGAAAGGAAUAUGAGCUACACAAGGAAACAUGACGGUCGAAUCACAGCGGACCAAGUGCAAGUGUGCAACACAACAAGAAAGCUAGGCUAGAGAGCGGGACAAAAACAGAGAGCAGCAAUAUCCUCCUAGCAUAGAGCAAAUCGCCCGUUGUCGAUUGGAACAUUGCUGUUGCUGUACAUGUAAGACGCGAUCAAUUACACCCAAAAAUCCAACGAACCCUCAUCGUUCCCCACGAAACGUGUCCCCGCCUUCUCCGCCCGCCUACCUUUGCCUCUCAUUCAAUUCCCCUUCUUCGAUGCGUUUAAAUCACCGCCACCAUCUCAUUUCCCUUCUCCUUUAUUCUCCUCCUGCUUCUUCUUUUUCCUCCACUCUGUUCCCGGUUCCGAAACGACCGGCAAUCGUCUCUGCAGUCGCUUCUUUCUUCUCAACGACAAUGGCGCCCUCUGCCCCGGAAAACGCUUCCCACAAUGCCGCAUUGCUCUCUUCCUCCGGUGUCGGCGGCGACGUUUCCUCUGCUGCCCAGAAAUCAAGGGUCACCAUUAUCGGAAGUGGUAACUGGGGGAGUGUGGCUUCCAAGCUCAUCGCUUCCAACACCAUCAAGCUCGCUUCUUUCCACGAUGAAGUAAGGAUGUGGGUAUUCGAGGAGAAAUUGCCUAGCGGUGAGAAGCUGACAGAAGUUAUUAACCGAACUAAUGAAAAUGUUAAGUAUCUCCCUGGCAUAAAGCUUGGCAAGAAUGUCGUUGCAGACCCCGACCUCGAGAAUGCAGUGAGGGACGCAAACAUGUUGGUCUUUGUGACCCCUCACCAAUUCAUGGAGGGAAUAUGCAAGAGACUUGUAGGGAAAGUGAAGGAAGGUUCUCAGGCUAUUUCACUCAUCAAAGGAAUGGAGGUUAAAAUGGAAGGCCCAUGCAUGAUCUCCAGUCUAAUCUCUGAGCAGCUCGGUGUGAACUGUUGCGUGUUAAUGGGAGCAAAUAUUGCAAACGAGAUUGCUGUUGAGAAGUUCAGUGAGGCGACAGUUGGAUACAGAGAAAACAGAGAGAUUGCAGAGAAGUGGGUGCAGUUGUUUAACACCCCUUAUUUCAUGGUCACAGCUGUCCAAGAUGUGGAGGGAGUUGAGCUAUGUGGGACCUUGAAGAAUGUGGUAGCACUGGCAGCAGGUUUCGUGGAUGGUCUGGAAAUGGGAAAUAACACCAAGGCAGCAAUAAUGAGAAUUGGACUAAGGGAGAUGAGAGCCUUCUCCAAGAUACUGUUUCCAACUGUUAAGGACAACACCUUCUUCGAGAGCUGUGGGGUGGCAGAUCUCAUCACAACAUGCUUGGGAGGAAGAAACAGAAGAGUUGCAGAAGCAUUUGCAAAGAGUGGAGGGAAAAGGUCCUUCGAUGAGCUAGAGGCAGAAAUGUUGCAGGGUCAGAAGUUGCAGGGAGUUUCAACGGCAAGAGAGGUAUAUGAAGUUCUAUCCAACCGCGGGUGGCUGGAGCUGUUCCCACUCUUUGCAGCAGUGCACGAGAUCAGCAGUGGACGCCUCCCACCUUCUGCUAUUGUUGAGUAUGGCGAGCACAAGCCAAACUUCUCUGCGGUAGAAGGCGCUGCUCAAUACUUCUCUUCAUGAGUGAUGCUGCUAUUAUGCUUGCAAAGACGUUCAAGGUAUGUUGCAAAAAUCUACUGCCCUUCUAAUACAAAUAUUAUCACUGAAAGCUACAUAUCAGGAAGUACCAAUGCUUGAGUUUGAAACAACUUACCGCAACAGAUUUCUGUGUUCUUUUCUUACAUGUUCUGCACCAGAAAGGCAGAAGUUUAUGCGUUUGUUUAGUGAAACAAUGAUGCAACAGCAUUUUGUUUUAGUGAUUAAUGAUGUAAUAGCAUAAUAGCCCUGUAGAAAAUAGUAAUUAUUGUACCAUACUUCAUUUACACAAUAAGAAUGAAGCUUUUCUUUUUGC